CAUCUCAGUCUAGCAGCUCUCCUAACCACUCCAAAGAUUUCUCUUCCAUCUUGUAUUGUUGCAGCCAUGCAUCGAGGUGAAAUUGCCAGCAUUAGAUACCUUUCACCCUCAGAUCUGCCUUCUUUCCAGACUGACUACCACAUGGCUCACGGCGACGUCCCCUCUUUCUACUUCGGCAAUAUCUUCGGAUGUUACUCUUCAAACCAAGUCCAAAGCAUGCCAUUGCAAGAGCUCAGUCUUUCAAACUCUGGUCUCAACUCUCACAUGGUGAUCGUCGAGGCCGAGGAGUACCAGCUGAACCUGGCAGAGGAGAGGAGGAAGAGGAGGAUGAUAUCCAACAGAGAGUCCGCACGCCGGUCGCGCAUGCGAAAGCAGAACCAACUCAGCGAGCUGUGGUCGCUGGUUGUCCAUCUCCGGUCCACGAACCAGAAGCUUCUUGAUGAUCUAAACCGCGUCAUUAGAGAGCACGAUCAGCUCCUCCAUGAGAAUGCCCAGCUUAGAGAUGAAGAAACCAAGCUUCAGAACAAGUUGAAGAACAUACAAGCCGAAGAUAAAUUGUGUUCCGCAAAAUCAAGAAGAAAUCUGCUUAGAUGAGAGUUGAAUUCAGAGUUUAUGGGACUCCAUGAAUCUGUUGGCAUGUUUCACUGAGGGAGAGAGUUUUGUGUUCUUCCUUCACUUCCUCAUCCCUCUGCUCUCUCUGCAACAUGAUUCAGCUUGAACUGUCAGUCAGAAUUCCAUCUAAUGAAGGCUCCAUGCAGAAGGAUAAACUUUUAGUUUCUGAAACAAAUAUGACUGCACUCCUUCUGGUAUCCAAUCAA